UCCUGUGGGGCCGCCAGCCGGUCCGCGCCGUCCUGAGAGUGCACCAGCCAGGGGCCUCGAAGCUCCCGGUCGCUUGGGGCCUCCGCCUGUCCAGCCUCCCUUGGCCUAAUUGCAGGGAGCCUGGCGUCAGGGGGCGCCAAGGAGCCAGGGGGAAAACCGUAAGGCGCGGAGGGAGCCUCCAGGCGGUGCUGCCCCCUACCCUCCCGUCUCCCCGCUCCCCGCCCCGAUGUUGGGGCUUUGGAAGAUGCUGCCGGGAAAAACAUUAACUUUUGGGCUACAUCUGGAAUAGCAUCAUCUACAUGGGCAUUCCCUUCUACAAUUUCAGAAAACCUCUGGUAACUAAUUGAUACAAUGCAGACGACCUUCCAAACAGAUGAAGUUAGCAAUACCCAAGCUCUUAGAAAAGGAAAGAGGAAAAGGACGGAGACAAUGGACUCAGAGAAUGCAAACAGUGACAUGGAUAAAGGACAGAGAGACCCAUACUCGGGAAAUGCCUUUCUGCCCGGUGAGAGCUCCAGUGAGGAUGACGAGCCUUUAGAAGAAUUAUCGAAGGAGGAAUUGUGCAUGAAAAUAAAAAGCCUGAAACAAAAACUGACAAACACCCGGAAAGAAAACAGCCGCCUUCGACAGUCUUUGGUGAUGCUUCAAGUGUUACCACAAGCAGUUACCCAGUUUGAAGAAUUGGUUGGUAUGGCAGAGGCCGUGCUUAAGGGUCGAGGAACCAUGUUUACAUCUGCAUCUACCCUCUGGAGAGCAACAAACAACUCCUCACCAGAUUCAUUUGCCUCCAUGUGCAGUAAUUCUAAUUCUAAUUCUAAUUCCAGUUCACCAAUUUCCUUGAAAGCUGAAGAAGAGCAUCACACUGAUGAGAAGCAGUUCAAGAUUGAAAAAUGGCAGAUUGCUCGUUGUAACAAGAGCAAACCUCAGAAGUUUAUUAAUGAUUUAAUGCAAGUACUUUACACAAAUGAAUACAUGGCCACACACAGCCUGACCGGUGCAAAAUCCUCUACUUCAAGGGAGAAAGCAGUAAAGCCAGCUAUGAAUCAGAACGAAGUUCAAGAAAUCAUAGGAGUCACAAAACAGUUAUUUCCCAACACGGAUGAUGUCUCAAUCAGAAGAAUGAUAGGGCAAAAGCUGAACAACUGUACCAAGAAGCCAAAUUUAAGCAAAAAUAUGAACUCUCAGGAUAUUAAGUAGGUCCUUGUGGUACUAUACGUAUCUGAAAUAAAGCACCUCCAGUUUUAAAUGUAACGUUGGAUUUUGUUGGAGAAUCUGCAACCUCCCUGGUGAGCACAGAGGGACAGGUGCAGGGACAGGCUGAGACAUCUGUGACAUCGAUGGACUCUCCUGAUGGAGCAACAAGCUUGCUGAAGAAGUUGCAUGUAGAUUCCACCCUAAAUAUCCACGAUGCAUCAAACUAGAGAAUUUCUAGCAGUUAAAUAAGCAUGCAUUAUGGUUUCUUGCCUUUUUCUGUCCCAAAAUCUUCUCUGUACAGCUAACUUAACAGGAUAGUCAGAGCUCUUAUCACAACAAAAAACAUCAACCCUUAAAAUUUGUCAUUGCCCUCAUCAAUUGCUGUACAUUAUUACCAGUCACUCUCCAUGUUGGUUUUCGGAUCUUUAGCAUGAGCACAUGUGUGGGAAAGUACAGGGAAAUAAUCACUGUUCACAAGUAGGAGAGCAGCAGAGUCAGCCUAAAAUCUGAUAAGCCUAUCUAACCGAGUCAUAGUGUUUGAGCAAUAAAAUUACAAGAUAAGUCUGUUACUUAAAAUAUACAUAAUAGAAAUUUUUAAAAAUGAGAGCAGCAAGAUCUUUUAUUUUAAUAUGAAACUGUUUCGUUGUACUCCUAAAAAGGAGAUAAACCCAAAAAUCUGUAAUUGUUAAACAAUGCAUCAACUUUCAGAAAAAUCUUUUAUGUUUGUUCACAUGCCUCUAACUUUUUAUGGCCCGGAACUAUAAAUGCAGAUAUGCAAUAUAAAACACCAAUGUCAUCUAAAAUGGCCUAUGUAAGACAUAAUAUCCUAUGUAUUUGGUUAUAUUAGUACAUUGCUUAGUUUUAACUGGUUUGUUUUCAUAACAUCAGAAGAAAAAAUAAUUAAACAAAAUCAUAUGGGGUUGAUAAUCACACAAAAAGAAAAAUACCAUUUUGCAAAUUAUUGAAAGGUAAAACAUUCUUCCUCAAGAGGCUUCUCCUUUGAUGUCAGGUUGUCAGGUGACAGCUCUGCAUCGCUACGCCAUGCUUCUUCAAGUGCACAAGGUUAUGCAUAAACUUGUGAAAAACGAUGCAUAUAAUAGACAGUUCAGAACUGAAGACCCAGGGAACAUUCCAUAAAUGUUGCUCGAUAACUAUGUAGUUGUAUAAAAUGACUCUUCCUAAGGAAAUAACUUAUGUUAACAUUUGCUACUUUUACUUAAAAAUAAAUAAAUCCCAUUGAAAACAUAAA